AGUCUAGAUAAGUGAUAAAAACAAACGAGCAUGUAUUAUUUUGCGUUAUAGUCUAUUAUUAUUAUGUUUAAUGAUUGUAUUUAAUUUUAAUUGUUAUUUAAUCUCUUGUUGUUUUUUUAUUUUGAAAAUGUAAUUUUUUUUUAACACGUUAUGUAUAUUUCUCGAUUAACACGUCCACACUUGACAUAUUUUUUUCGUUUCUAUUGUCAGUCGCAUCAUCUUCCUAAAUAUGAUGUUCAGGAUAAAAUAAUAUUUAAUUCUGUAAUAGAUGGUAAGAGAGCAGUUAAACAUUGGCGGGAUAUCAGUCAUAAGAUAAAAUCUAGAAAACUUUCAAGUCUUAAACGUGAAGUUGAACCUGUAUCUUUACAAUUUUUAAAUAAUAAUAAAAAUUAUAAUGAAGAAAAUUUCGGAGAUGCUAGAGAUAAACCUCUAAAGCCAUAUAAUUUACCCUUCAGUAUUAUGAAUAAAUAUGAUAAAAGUGAUAAUGAUGUUCAUGAAAGUAAUACAAUUGAUCAAAAUAUCAACUAUGAUUAUGAAUUAAAUCAACUGAGUACUAAAAAAUGGAUGAGUGAUUAUGAAUGUUAUGAAGAGCAUGAUUUAGAAAACGAAGAUAAUCUCCCUUUAUGGACUUCUAACUAUGGAACACCAGAUCCAUUAAUAGAUAUUAGUGAUGUCCCAUGUGGUGGAUGUGGUGCCUUAUUGCAUUGUCAAAAUCCUUCUAUACCAGGAUAUUUACCAAGUGAAUUAUUUUGUCAUUGUGAAUCAGCUGAUUUAAAAACGAUGAUUUGUCAACGUUGUCACUUUAUGCAAAAGUAUAAUACAGCUCUAUCAGUACAAGUUGAUCCAGUUGACUACCCAAAACUAUUAGAACCAUUGAAAAAUAAACGGGCUUUAAUAAUCUUAAUGGUUGACUUAACUGAUUUUCCUUGCAGCAUUUGGCCAAAUAUCUCUAAUAUUAUUGGUAAAAGUAAACCAAUUGUAGUGGUAGGAAAUAAAAUUGAUUUAUUGCCUGGAGAUUGUGCAGGUUGGAUAGGUAAUACACAAAAAGCAUUUGAAGAAAGUUUACCUAUUGAUUUGAAUAUUAAGCAUGUAGCUGUAGUCAGUGCUAAAACUGGAUUUGGAAUUGAAGAAUUAAUUAACAAAUUACAUAAGCUUUGGGAAACUAAAGGAGAUGUUUAUUUGAUGGGCUGUACUAAUGUAGGAAAGUCUACAAUGUUUAAUACUCUUUUACAAUCUGACUAUUGUAAAACAACAGCUGUAGAACUUAUACAAAGAGCAACUACUUCUCCUUGGCCUGGUACAACUCUCAAUUUAUUAAAAUUUCCUAUUUUAAGAUCAUCACAUUGGAGGUUGUUUCUAAGAACUCAGCGUUUAAUGCGUGAAAACAAAGAACGUGUAUUAGAACGAAAACUAGAAAAAGAUCAGAGGAGAAUGUUAAAUAUGACAAUUAAUAAUAUCCCUACAAUAAUUGGUCACCUUGGUCAAACAUUUUAUAAACCAAAAGGUGCCAGUGAAAGUGAUAAGUUAGAUCCAUUUUCAUCUGUUGCCGUUAAAGUUGAUCCAAAUCGUAUUACUUCUAGUUCAUUAGGAUUAGAUGAAAAAGAUCCUAGAUUUGUUAACAGCAAAUGGUUGUAUGAUACACCUGGAGUUGUCCAUCCUGAUCAAUCAAUUAACUUGUUGACAGCCGAAGAAUUGAUGUUAUCUUUACCAUCCUCUGUGUUAAAACCUAGAACGUAUAGUUUGAGACCUAAACAAACUUUAUUUGUGGGUGGUCUUGGCCGUAUAGAUUGUUUGACAAUUAGUGCAAAUUUUGUACGUUUCACAGUUUUUAGUGCCCAUACUUUACCAAUAACUAUUUGUUAUACAAGUGAUGCAAAUGAAUUGUAUGAAAAUCUAUUAGGUUCUGACUUAUUAGCUGUUCCUUGUGGUUCUCCUGAUCGACUAAAAAAAUGGCCAGGUUUGCAAUGUUUAGAAGAACCAUUUAAACUUAUUGGAAUAAACGAAAAAACUAGUUGUGCGGAUAUUGUCUUAUCAUCUGCGGGUUGGGUUUCUGUAACACCACAUCAAAAUGAUAUUUGCCUCGUACAAGUAUGGACUCCAGAGAGAAGGGGUAUAUUUGUACGAACGCCUUCACUUUUAAAAUAUGCUGUUAAUCAAAGAGGUCCUAGAAAAAAAUAUACUCCAGCAUAUCUACCAUUAAGGACUAAAGAAUAAAAUUUUAAAUAUAAUAUAAUAAUUAGUUAAUAAACUUAAAAAAGUUUUCAUUUAA